AUGUAUGAGCCAGAAGAUACAGUUAUUGCAGACGCCGCGGAGAAAGAUAUCCACGACAUAGCGACAAUGGCCGCGCAUGUUGAUUGGCAUGCCGCACUCUCAGAGAGGGAGAUUCCAUCGAUUCAGAACCCGGCCUUCUCUCGCUUCUGUCACGCCAGAGGUACUCCAGCUACUCGGCUUACAGACUGGACUGCGUUGGACGGACGGGACGGCGUGAGUUCCUCAGUCGUGCAAUCUUACCCAGUCACACAGCUACAAGCUGAGCGAGAAGAAGCAGCAACAGGGUUCUUCGAUUCCGAUGUGGAGCCUACCGUCCUCCCCCUGGGAAACAAGAAUGGAAAAAGCACUGACAACGUCCCGGAUGUCAGCGUGCAUGAGCUCGUGUUCAGGAAUGGACUUUCUAUCCGGGGAGGUCUUCUCGUCGAUGACUAUGGUCUGGGAAAGAGUGUGACAACCCUAGCCGCCAUUGGCAAAGACAGAGCAACCAACAUCAUCCACUGUUCCUUCCUCAUCUUGUGCCCUGCUGCCCUAAUACACACAUAG